AUGGAUCUGAAUUGCAGGACCAAGCUACAGUAUGUGGCACUGUUUUUUGCAUUGUUGGGGUGUGUGCUUACCUGUGUCAGCACUUUUGUGCCUCUCUGGAGGAAUCUGAACUUAGAUCUGAAUGAAAUGGAAAUUUGGAACACAGGACUUUGGCAAACGUGUGUUAUCCAAGAUGAAGGUCCAAUGGAGUGCAAGGACUUUGAAUCAUUUUUGGCAUUGCCAAUUGAGCUCAGGAUGGCAAGAAUUCUGAUGUUCCUCUCAGAUGGACUGGGGAUCAUUGGCCUCAUUGUUUCAUGCUUUUGUCUGGAUUGCCUGAAGAUUAAUGAAAAGUACACAAAGAAGUACCUUGCACUUUUUGGAGGAGCACUAUUCUGGCUAUCUGGUAUAGCUGCUCUGGUGCCAGUUUCGUGGAUUGCCCAUGACACUGUUCAGGAAUUUUGGGAUGAGACAAUCCCUGAAAUUGUGCCCAGGUGGGAAUUCGGAGAGGCCAUGUUUAUGUGCUGGUUUGGCUCUUUCUUCCUCCUAUUUGGGGGGUCAUUGCUGUUCUGUUCAGUGCACCCUGUGACCAAACAAACAACUAUAAGGGACCAGACUAAAACCAUUGACAGUGGGCUAUUAUAUGACACUGCAACAUUACAAAACAGAUGUCCAGAUCUUAUCAUCUAA